UAGCUGUGAGUGUCUGCUUAAGAGAUUGGGGGUUCAUCACACUUCAUGUCAGUUGACUAGGAUUCAGAACAAGCAAUAUCUGAAUCCACAUUUAUUUCUUACAUACAAUCCAAAUUCAAGGAGGUGAGAGGAUGGAAAGAGGUAAAAAUAAGAUGAAAAAUGAAGCUGAAGAAACAGCUCUAAAUAUAAAUAUGACGGAGGAUUCUAAUCCAGAGGUUUCAUCAUCCUCCCAGGUCACUGCCCAAGGUCAACAACGUUCUUCUGCAGAGUGUCAACAAAACAGGCCUCAGGCCACAACUGCCGCUGCAACAGACAAGGAAAACGCCAUUAGGCCAAAACUCCAGUUAACUUUUAGCACAUUCACAGUCAAGAAUGGUGAAGAUCUAAAAGUAGAGAUCCCUGUGGUUGGGCACCCUGCGCCAAAGACAGAAUGGAGAAAAGAAGGUCAGGCAAUUAAGGAGACAUCAAGACUAGAGAUUUUUAAAAAAGCCUCAUUAACUGUCCUUCAUAUCAGACAUGCCGUCAGAGAGCAUUCUGGUCAGUACUCUGUCACAGCAAGCAACCAUGCUGGAAAAGACACAACAGACAUCAAUGUGAUUGUUCUUGAAAAGCCAGACCCACCCACAGGGCCCGUGAGGAUUGAUGAGGUUAAUUCUGACCAUGUUAUUAUGUCUUGGGACCCACCUUCAUAUAAGGGAGGCUGCCAGUUGGACAACUAUGUAGUGGAGAAACGGGAAACUACAAGCACGGAGUGGCAUACUGUGUCUGCGACAACAGUAAGAACCACAAUUAAAGUUACCAAGUUGAAGACAGGAAAUGAAUACCAAUUCAGGGUGUCUGCUGAGAAUAGGUAUGGAAAAAGUGCUGCAAUCACCUCUCCAGUUGUUACAGCAAAAUAUCCAUUCAGUGUACCUGCUUGUCCUGGCACUCCCUUUGUAUCCAAUGUGACAAAAUAUAACAUGGUGGUUGAGUGGGAGCCACCACUUAGAGAUGGAGGUAGCCCCAUCAUUGGCUAUCAUGUUGAACGUAAAGAGAAGAACAGCAUUUUGUGGACCAAGCUGAAUAAAUUUGUUAUAACUGACACCAGCUUCAAAGCAAGUGGGCUGGAAGAAGGCAUUGACUAUGAGUUCAGAGUCUUUGCUGAAAAUAUUGCAGGACUGAGUCUAUGUAGUAAUACAUCAGAGUGUUAUGUGGCAAGAGAUCCGUGUGAUGCACCUGGAAAACCUGAAGCUGUUGUGGUGACCAGAGACAGCAUCACACUUCAGUGGGCAAAACCCAAGUAUGAUGGAGGAAGCACUAUUACAGGGUAUGUUGUUGAAAAAAAGGAGCUCCCAGAUGGCAGAUGGAUGAAGGUGAACUUUACCAACGUUACUGACAAUCUUUUCACAGUCUUAGGACUGACAGGAGGGCAAAACUAUGAGUUUAGGGUAACUGCUAAGAACAGUGCUGGUGUUUGGAGUGUACCCUCGGAAAGCAUAACCAUUCUUGCUCAGGAUGUUAUUGAAGCACCCACUGCAUUUAUUGACCCCAAGUUUAAGAGUACUAACAUUGUUCAAGCUGGGGAAACUUUUGUUAUUGAGGCUGAUUACUUUGGGAAGCCUCUCCCGGAAGUUACAUGGCUGAAAGAUGGAAAGGAAAUCAAUAAGAGUACACCAAGAAUGGAACUCAAAAACACCAUCACUCAUACAGCUCUCACUGCCAGAGACUGCACACGUGUGGAUGGAGGACGCUAUGUGUUGAGUCUCAGUAACAGUGGUGGGACUACAACCAUUUCAGUUAAUGUGAAGGUCUUAGAUAGACCUGGUCCUCCCAAUGGACCAUUGAAGGUAAAGGUUGUAAGUGCAGAGAAAUGCAACCUUAACUGGAACCCCCCUUUAAAUGACGGAGGUGCCAGUGUCACCCAUUACAUCAUUGAAAAAAGGGAAACGAGUCGUGUUACAUGGACAGAGGUUGAACCUCACAUUGAAGCUGUAAGUUACAAAGUGACAAAACUUGUAGCUGGAAAAGAAUAUAUAUUCAGAAUUGCAGCAGUGAAUAAAUACGGGGUUGGUGAAUUUCUGGAAUCGGAGACUUUCGUUGCACAAAAUCCUUUUAAGCCACCUAGUGCACCCUCCACUCCUGCAGCGAGCGCUGUGACUGGAGACUCAGUCAUGCUAACGUGGGAAAGGCCUGAGAGCGAUGGAGGCUCUGAGAUCGAUGGCUACAUCCUGGAGAAACAUGACAAAGAUGGUGUCCGAUGGACCAAAUGCAACAAGAGACGGCUAAAUGACUUGCGUUUCCGAUGUACCGGACUUACAGAGGGACAUUACUAUCAGUUUAGAGUUCUUGCUGAAAAUGCUGCUGGCGUGGGUGUACCGAGUGAGUCUAGUGAGUAUAUUAAGGUAUGUGAAGCUACAUACCCACCUGGUCCACCUUCCAACCCAAAAGUGACGGAUUAUUCCAGCAGUACGGUGUCUCUCACCUGGUCAAAACCAAUUUAUGAUGGUGGAGAUGCUAUCAGUGGAUAUGUUGUGGAAAUGAAGGAAGCAAUAGAAGAUGAAUGGAUUGUAUGCACACCAAGCACAGGCAUAGAGGACACAAAGUACACUGUAAAAAGACUAAAAGAAAAUUCAGAGUACAAUUUUCGUAUAUGUGCAAUAAAUUCAACUGGAGUUGGAGAACAUGUGGAUUUACCUUGUUCUGUUGUACCGACUGAGAAAGUAGAGGCACCAGAGAUCGAACUAGACAAUGCCUUGAGAAAGACUGUAAAUAUUCGAGCUUGCUCCACCUUACGUCUUUUUGUUACCUUUAGAGGACGGCCAGAGCCUGAGGUUUGGUGGUCAAAAGAAGAUGGCACUCUUGGUGAGCGUGCUCAAAUUGAGGUGACACACUCCAACACUGUGUUAAUGAUAGAAAAUGUCAACAGAAAUGACAGUGGAAAGUAUGUGUUAACUGCUGAGAAUUCCAGUGGUUCCAAAUCAGCCUUCAUCAAUGUGAGAGUACUGGACUCUCCCAGCGCACCAACAAAUUUAGAAGUAAAGGAUGUGAAGAGAGACUCUGUUUCCAUCUCCUGGGAGCCACCCCUUAUUGAUGGAGGAACAAAGAUUUCACACUACAUAGUUGAAAAGAGAGAGGAGGCCAGGAAGGCAUUUACGAGUGUUUGUAGCAACUGUGUAAGGAAUUCCUACAAGAUUGAAAAUCUACAGGAAGGAAGCUGUUAUUAUUUCCGUGUCCUCGCAGUGAAUGAGUUUGGCACUGGACAGCCAGCAGAGACUGCUGAGGCUGUUAAAGUCUCUGAGGCUCCUCCACCUCCUGGCAAAAUCACACUGAGCGAUGUCACUUGCAAUAGUGCAAAACUCUCGUGGGAGAAGCCUGAUCAUGACGGAGGAAGCAAAAUCACAUGUUACAUUGUAGAAAUGCAAACCAGGGGAGACGAUACAUGGAUAAAAUAUUCAGAGAGUAAAGCACAAGAGGUGAACGUCAAAGGGCUGACAGCAGGAACGGAGUAUUUCUUCAGAGUGAGUGCUGUGAACGAUAAAGGAAUGAGUGAACCAAAACCUGCGUUGACACCUGUUAUAAUAACGGAUACUAGUGCUAAGCCUGUUAUCAAUCUGCUAACCAACACGUUUAGUGUAAAGGUAGGAAAUGAUUUGAAGAUUGAUGUUCCUUUCAAAGGUGUGCCGCCGCCAACAGUAGUCUGGAAUAAAGAAGGAAACAUGUUGAAGGAGACAAGCAGGGUAAAUGUACAAACGUCUGAAUCUGCAUCUCAGAUAUUUAUUAAGGAUGCAACCAGGUUUGAUGCCGGUGUGUAUGAGGUAAUCCUGACCAAUGCUGUUGGAACAACAUCUGCUGAAAUCUUUGUGAGUGUUUAUGAAAGGCCUGGGUCACCAAGUGAUCUCACUGUGGAAGAAGUUAGUGCCGACUUUGUAUCUCUGUCAUGGCAACCCCCACUAUACACUGGUGGGUGUCAACUAACUAAUUACAUUGUUGAGAAAAGAGACAUCAGCAGUUCGGUAUGGCAGAAUGUGUCGGCUACAGUCGCAAGAUCAUCAAUCAGAAUUUCCCAUCUGACACAAGGCGCUGAAUAUGUAUUUCGAGUUGCUGCAGAGAAUCGCUAUGGAAAAAGCCAAUUUAUUGAAACAGACACAGUCAUUGCCCAGUAUCCUUUCAAACCACCUGGUCCACCAACUAACAUUCAUGUUGUCCAUGCCUCAAAGUCUGUAAUGAUCAUUGCUUGGGGCAAACCAGACAGUGAUGGUGGAAGCCCUAUUAUGGGUUAUCAUGUUGAAGGCAAAGAUCAAAGCAGUAUCCUAUGGACAAAGGUAAAUAGAAGCCCAGUGAAAGAGAAUCAAUACAAGGUGGCAAAUGUUGAAGAAGGUCUGACAUACGAGUUUCGGGUCUGUGCUGAAAAUUUGGCCGGCUUUGGACCCUGCGGUAAACCAUCUGAACCUGUCUCAGCAAGAGACCAGUGUGAUGCCCCUUCAAAUCUCGCAGUCACCAAUAUAACCAACACUUCAGUUUCACUCUCCUGGGACAAACCAAACUAUGAUGGAGGGGCUAAAAUAACAGGGUACAUUGUUGAGCGCAAAGAACUGCCAGACAGCUGCUGGCUGAAGUGCAACUUUACAAACUUAUUGGACACCUUUUUGGAAGUAACUGAGCUCACAGAGGGUGGACAAUAUGAAUUUCGUGUUACUGCAAAGAAUGCAGCAGAGUGUUGUAGUGCACCCUCUGAAACCACUGGACCUAUUACAGUCCAGCAUGAUGUAAAGCCGCCUAUUAUUAUCUUGGAUGACAAAUUAAGGCAGGUGGUGGUGGUCAGAGCAGGAGACCUCCUUAAAAUAGAAGCUGAUAUUUCCGGCCGGCCUAACCCUACAGUGUUUUGGUUGAAAAAUGGAAGAAACAUUACCACCAAGGGAAGGGUUGAGAUAUCUGCAACAAAGUGCCAUACCUCUCUCCUUAUCAGAGAGAGCGUAAGGAAAGACUCAGGGCAGUAUACUCUGACCUUGCAGAACACAGGUGGUACCACAUCCAGGGUUGUUACCUGCAAGGUGCUAGACAGACCAGGCCCUCCUGUUGGACCUCUGGAAGUGUCUGGACUAGCAGCAGAGAAGUGUACCUUGUCCUGGGGACCUCCACACGAGAAUGGUGGCGCAGAGGUCUUGUACUACAUUGUUGAAAAGUGUGAAACCAGCCGUGUUUCUUGGACUCUUGUCUAUGGCGACAUGAUGGCAACCACAUGCAAAAUAACCAAGCUCCUCAAAGGAAAUGAAUACCUUUUUAGAGUGAGAGCAGUAAACAUAUAUGGGGAGGGUGAGAUUUUGGAAAGUGAGCCAAUAAAAGCUAUGGAUCCCUUCACUAUCCCAUCUGCUCCAUCAGAUGUUGAAGUCACUAAUGCUACCAGUGAAUCUAUGACUAUCACCUGGAAGAGGCCUUUCUCUGAUGGCGGUAGCCGUAUCAGUGGUUACAUUAUAGAGAAAAGGGAAAAGCAUGGUGUUCGCUGGGUCAGAGUAAACAAAAAAACAGUCUACGACCUACGAGUCAAAGCCUUUGGCCUGCAUGAAGGAUGUGAGUAUGAAUUUAGAGUAUUUGCUGAGAAUGCUGCUGGUCUAAGUGAGCCCAGUUCACCAUCCCCUCUUGCCUCAGCAGAAGAUCCAAAGUUUCUACCGUCCCCUCCAACAAAGCCCACCAUAACUGAUUCAUCCAAGUCCUCCAUUACUCUGGCAUGGAACAAGCCACUGUUUGAUGGGGGAGCACCAAUUUUAGGGUACAAAGUUGAAUUUAGAAAACCAGGUGAGGAGGACUGGACUGUAGGUGUUCAGAACACAGAAAAGACAGAGUUUACAGUGACUGGACUAACAACAGGGGCAGAAUAUGUGUUUACUGUUAGAUCUAUUAAUAAGAUUGGUAUGAGUGAACCCAGUCCUGAAACAGACCCCGGACUUACCAUGGAGAGAGAGGAGGAACCCAGGUUCAACAUUAGCCCUGAAAUGAGAAAGACUCUGCUUAUUAAAGAUGGUUCCUCCUUUACUUUGACUGUACCUUUCACAGGUAAACCUGCUCCUUGUGUUUCAUGGGAAAAAGCAGAUGUCGAUCUAAGGGUCAGGGGACUUAUCCACACCAGCAGCUUCAUUACUUCCAUUACAGUGGAGCAGGCAGCACGUGAUGACUCUGGCAAAUACACAGUCAAACUUCAAAAUGUUGCUGGAUCUGCAACUUUAACCCUGAAUGUGAGGGUUUUGGAUUCACCAGGUCCUCCUACCAACAUAACAGUCAAAGAUGUGACUAAGAACUCUGCCACUGUGACCUGGGACAUCCCUGAGAAUGAAGGAGGAGGCCCUGUGAAGAACUACCACGUAGACAUACGAGAAAUUAGUAGGAAAGGUUGGACAAGACUCACAGACAAAUGCAGACGACUGUCCUAUAAGGUGUCUGAUCUGGAAGAGGGAGGGAUCUACUUCUUUAGAGUCACUGGUGAAAAUGAAUAUGGCAUCGGGGUUUCGGCUGAAACAAAAGAAGGAACAAAAAUGACAGAAACAACAGACUGGGAGACAAACCAAGGAGCCUAGCUUUUUAUCAUACUGUUGAAACAUGAACUUUUUGGACUUCUAAUCAUUUUUAGAUUUUGUAUCCAUUUGUUUACUAAAUAUUUGCAUAGGGAAUUUAACUGUAGAAAAUGCUGCAGCCAGUGAUUUACAGAAAUAACUAAAGCUACUCCCUCUGAAAAUGUUUUUAAUAUUUCAAUUGCUUGUUCUAGUGAACUUUAGAAAAAAUACAUUUUUGUUUAUAUUAUACAGUCACAUUUAAUAAAUUAGAAUAUGCCUUGCGAUGAGCGCCAUUUGUCAGAUUAAAAGUACCUUUAACAACCUUUAAGCAGGUUUUAAUCAUACUUUAUGCUGAUUUGAUAAUAUUCUUAUCUUAAAUUUUUUUUUUUUUUUGUUAGCUGUAAUCAGAAAAUCAUAAUUAACAGAAAUACAGGCUUGAAAACAUCAUGUGUGUGAUUAUUCUACAUAAUGCGUUUCAUUUACUGAAAUAAAUUAACUUUUCAAUAA